AUGGAAAAACAAUUGGACGCAGAGCUGCACCCGCUCAACGAGUUCCAGAAAGUGCGUUGUAGAUACAUGUGCUGCUCUGCUAGCAAAGUCGAGACGCGGGACGGACACUUCGUGGUCAUCGUGUGCUCCACAACAGGCAACGGGGACCCGCCCGACAAUUGCGGCAAGUUUUGGCGCUACGUGAAGCGCAGAACGCAACCCGAUGACAUGUUGGCUAAGCUGCGGUACACAGUGUUGGGACUCGGAGACACCAACUACGACAAGUUUUGUUUUAUGGGAAAAAGUAUCGAGAAGCGCAUGCGAGAGCUGGGUGCGCAGAGCUUCUACGAGUUCGCUGCUGCUGACGAAGCGAUGGGUCUUGAGGAAAGUGUGGAGCCAUGGCUGAAUGGUCUUUGGGAGGCGUUUGACAAAGCAAAUGGUGUGAUUGGAGUGGCCACCGAUGUCGGUACCUCAAGUUCGAGUGUCAAGGAGAGCAGUGCGAAUGGUGAUGAGGCUACGGAUGCGUUGCCGGCUGGGAAAAAGUCGUUAACUCUGGCCACUGUGAACGCGUCAUAUCUCUUGGAGAAGCUCAUUUCGUACGAGAAGAUGUUUGGUCCGCUGGACGCUCCAACGGAGACACCUGAAGAUCUUCCUCGACUACAGUCGUCGCUUCUCAGUAUGCGGUUCCUACGUGAUGAAGAGCUUCAGACCCCAAGCUCCAGUAUGACCAGUAUGACUACCGAUGAUGAUGAUACCGAAAUUAGCUCGACGAACCCAGUCUUGGCUUCAGUGGUUGGUGCCGAGUAUCUAACGGCCCCACACGCCGAGAGGAAGGUUCUUCGUCUUGACGUCGACGUCAGCGGCUUAAAUAUUCAGUACGUUCCUGGAGACUCGAUCGGCAUCAAGUGUCCUAAUCGACUGGAAGAUGUGGAUGCUCUACUGUCAUGCUUGGGGGUCAACGGAGAUAAAAUCUUCUCCGCUGAGCCUGUUGCGUCCACAAACGGACGUGCAGCCAAACGGAAGAACACUUCAAUCCACUUCCCAUCACCAUGCAACGUCCGCGACGUCUUCCUAAACCACGUCGACAUCCUGAGUGUACCGAAGAAAGCUGCAGUUCGUGCUCUUGCGACGUAUUGCUCGGACGAGGAGGAACGUGCUCGGAUGCUGCUGUUAAGCAGCAAGACUGGCGCACAAAAGUACAAGGAGCUCAUUACGGAGCAGCAUCUUAACUUCGUGGAGAUCCUCCAUCUCUUCCCGUCCUGCAAGCCUCCGCUUGACCACUUGUUGACUCUGAUACCGCAGUUAAUGCCUCGGUAUUACUCGAUCACCACGUCGUCGCUGGUCGACCCUACUCGACUGUCCGUGGCGUUCACUGUCGUUGAGUACGUAGUAGGUGAGCAUGGCCUCCGUCGCCGUGGGCUCUGUACGAACUGGCUGAACAAGAUCGGUCAGCCAUUAAUCGACGCCAGUGUAGCUGCCUCCACAGGCGUGAAGAUCCCAAUCUUCCUAAGAGGAACUCAAGACUUCCGUCUCCCCGAGAAUUCUCAAUCCCCCAUGGUUCUCAUCGGCCCGGGUACUGGCGUCGCCCCGUUCAUGGGAUUUUUGCAACACCGCUACCAUGAAGCCAAGGAUGCUGCGUUGCCAGGUGAUGCAUACCUGUUCUUCGGAUGUCGACGUCAGAGUGAGGACUGGCUGUUCAAGGAGGAGAUGCAGGAAUUCGCCUCGAAUGGCACGUUGACGCAGCUUUUCACUGCUUUCUCUCGCGACCAAGAUGAGAAGCAUUACGUCCAGCACGACUUACGUGACAAUGCGAAGCUUGUGGCUGACAUUCUGCUGGGAUCAGACGGCUAUCUGUUUGUCUGUGGCGACGGUAUGGCGAUGGCUAAGGAUGUCCACGCUGCUCUAGUCGGCAUUUUGACGGAGAACGCCGGAUUAUCCCACGAAGAAGCCGAACUGAAGCUGCGAGAACUGGGAACUCAACACCGCUACGUCCGUGAUAUUUGGUGA